AUGCUGGCCCGCAGAGCUCUCCGCCUGCUCGCCCCAGGUGCUCGUGAGCUGGCCACCGGCUCGCGCCUGUACGCGGCCGUCCCGGCCCGCACCAACGACGAGGAGUACUCCAAGUUCUCCAAGGACGCCGAGCGCCAGCACGUCACCUGGCCCAAGGUCCUCAACCAAUCGCUCGAGGAUGUCGACCCCGAGAUCAACGACAUCAUCGAGAAGGAGAAGAACAGGCAGUACAAGGGCUUGGAGCUGAUCCCGUCGGAGAACUUCACGUCGCGGUCGGUCCUCGAGGCGGUGGGGUCGGUGAUGAUCAACAAGUACAGCGAGGGCUACCCCGGCGCGCGGUACUACGGCGGCAACGAGUUCAUCGACAUGGCGGAGUCGCUGUGCCAGAAGCGCGCGCUCGAGGCCUUCCGCCUGGACCCGGACGAGUGGGGCGUGAACGUGCAGCCGCUCUCGGGCUCGCCCGCGAACUUCCAGGUGUACACCGCGCUGCUGCAGCCGCACGACCGCAUCAUGGGCCUGGACCUGCCGCACGGCGGGCACCUCUCGCACGGCUUCCAGACCGACACGAAGAAGAUCUCGGCGACGUCGAUCUACUUCGAGACCAUGCCGUACCGGCUGAACGAGGAGACGGGCCUGAUCGACUACGACAAGCUCGCGGAGACGGCCGCGCUGUUCCGCCCGAAGCUGAUCGUGGCGGGCGCGUCGGCCUACACGCGGCACUACGACUACCCGCGGAUGAGGGCGAUCGCGGACAACCACAACGCGUGGCUCCUCGCGGACAUGGCGCACAUCUCCGGCCUCGUCGCCGCGGGCCUCGUGCCGAGCCCGUUCCAGUACGCCGACGUGGUGACCACCACCACGCACAAGUCGCUCCGCGGCCCGCGCGCGGGCAUGAUCUUCUACCGCAAGGGCGUGCGGAAGUACGACAAGAAGGGCAACCCGAUCAAGUACGACAUCGAGGACAAGAUCAACUUCUCGGUCUUCCCGGGCCUGCAGGGCGGCCCGCACAACCACACCAUCACCGGGCUCGCCGUGGCGCUCAAGCAGGCCGCGUCGCCGGAGUUCCGCGCGUACCAGGAGCAGGUGAUGAAGAACGCCAAGUCGCUCGCGGACGGCAUGGCCCGCCGCGGGUACUCGCUCGUGUCGGGCGGCACCGACAACCACAUUGUCCUGGUCGACCUCAAGCCCCAGGGCGUGGACGGCGCGCGCGUCGAGCGCGUGCUCGAGCUGUGCCACAUCGCCGCGAACAAGAACACGGUCCCCGGCGACAAGUCCGCGAUGGUCCCCGGCGGCCUGCGCAUGGGCACGCCCGCGCUCACCUCGCGCGGGAUGGUCGAGGCGGACUUCGACGUCGUCGCGGACAUCGUCGACAAGGCGAUCAAGAUCACGGCCGACAUCAAGAAGUCCGGCCAGGCCGGCACCAAGGUGAAGGAGUUCCACGCGUACCUCGAGCAGAACGACGUGCCCGAGAUCAAGGCGCUCAAGGCCGAGGUCGAGCAGUUCGCGAUGAACUUCCCCACCAUCGCGUUCGAGAAGUCCGAGAUGCGGUACCAGCAGUAG